AUGGGCUCGUUGACGGCUGCUGCCCUGCGCUUCCCGCUGCUGCUGCUGCUCCUCACCAUGAAGCCCCAAGGAGGAGCCAAAGCUCAUCCCGUGUACAGCUCGGCCUCCGCUGCUGAACUGGCUGACUUCAAGACCCUGCUGGACCGCCUGGAGGACAAGCUCCCAUCAGAAGAAGCAGAGGCAGGUCUGUCCCAAGACAUGAACGAACAGGAUGAGGAAGUCCCAGGAGAUGCCUCACGCCCCCUUGCUUCAAGGAACAGCGACUACGUUAGACCCCAAAGAGAAGGCCUGGCCUAUGGGCGCAACAGCUGGGAGCUGCCCGAGAAACCUCCGUCUGCCCUGAGGAGCAAGCUACGAGCACUGCUGAACUCGCCACGCAGCACGAGAAGGUUCUCGGAUUGCUUUGGCCAACGGAUAGAUAGAAUAGGAGCCCAGAGCGGACUUGGAUGCAACAGCUACCGGGAAAUUUCCAUUUUUAGAAACGAUAAUGAAGACUGCGUCCUUUUCUGGCUGAGUCCCUAG